AUGGAGGGAGACCGCCCAGGUGGAGCAGAUGGGGCCGGACGUCGAAGAGCGCGACUGCUCGUUACGGUUGGCAGCAUAGUCGCUGCAGCUGUUGUCGCCGGAAGCCUGACUUCGCAGGCGAAUGCGCAGGCGAUCGGUUGGCAGGCAGAUGUCGAGGAGCCUGGACAUUCAUCCAGAAGAACAUCGUACUGGGGCUUUCAAAGUGGACGGCGAGGUCCAUCUGCAGAUGCAGGCCCAGACGAAAUCCUGCAAGAGAAUGCGUUAAAAACUUUCGACAAGGAGCUGCCACAUUGGUUACACCGGAUCGCCGCGAAAGUUUCAGAGCCUUUGACAGCCAGACUGUCUGCUCUUCCAGCAGUUGGCGCUGCGAGCCGUGUGAGCACACUUCGCCGAGAGUUUCAGCGUGUGGGCGGACAGGUGACUUUCGUUGAUGACCACGACCCGAAGAAAGCAUAUCGAAAGUGGCAGGAGUUGCACCACGAGGUUUGCCACGUCUUGGGCUUUGAACUGCCAGAGCGCUCCUCAACUCGUUUCAGCGCAUGGGAAGAAGCCUCCCUGGAUUUGCCACUGUGCCCCGAGCUUUGGGUGGACGAGGCAUGGCCGCCAUGCAAGCUUGCGCCGACCUUUCGAGGACGUGUCGUGCCAGUUUGGUCGGCGGCUGGAAAUGCCAGGAACGGGGAGAGAUCGCUGAUGAUCCUUCAGGGGAGGAUCGUGCGAAGCUUCCCAGCGCGACAGAUCAAAGCGUUGAUCGGCCACGAACUGGGCCGGAUGGCGUUCGCCCUUCUGACAGGGCCAGGACUCAAGGCGUGGGCUGGACGGCUCUCCAAGGUCGUGGUGGGCCAGAAGCUCCUUCAAGGGGUACAAUCCAUGAGUGGGCAUCCAGGCCGUGGGCUCUUCGACUUGAUAGGAGGCUCCCGACGCUCCUUCUUCGGCUUCGACCCCUUUGGCCGACAGUCGCGAAGCUACUCGUUUGGCACCAUCAAUCUGAGCCUCUUCGGUGGCCGCUCAGAUGGAGGCCAUGCCCAGGAGGGAGCAGGCGUCCUCCAGGGACCACAGCUCUCAAGCGGCAUCGUACGUCCCAUCAUGGAGAUGCUGGCUGUUGAUAUGGUCGUGAAGCAUGCAGCUCCCCGGGUCCUUCGUCCGAUCAUUUGGCUUGGGGUGCUGGCCCGUGGGGGGCCGGAGUCAAUGAUGGACUCCAUUCGGCAAGGCAUGAACGGGCUUGCUCUUCCAGGCUUGCAGCUGUCGGGCCACCGCCGGCCUGCAUUUUGGGCUCCGAUGGUCUCCCUGAUGGCGCCUUUCAUGCAUAUCCUGGUGCAACUCGGGGCUCUGCGCAGCGCCAGCGCAGUCAUUGCCAGCUGUGGGCGUUCUUCUGUCAUCACCGCAGACCGAGCCGCCGCUCUAUCAGCCGGAGAUGCAGAGGACGCUGCUGCUGCCAUACUGCGGGUAUAUGGGCAAAUGCCGAUGGAGUCCGCAAGAGGAGAUGAGCUGGAGGCUUUGCUGGACGAGGCCGCUGACAGCGCCCGGCGUCAGAAAUGGACCUUGCGGCGAGAGGCACUACUACAACGCUGGUCCCUGCCGGCCCCAGAGGAGCGGGUGCGGGAGCUGCUGCGAUGGAGUGAAAGCAGUACCGGGCAAAGGCUGCUAGCACUCGCCGAACUGCGACGGGCAUCAUACACCUCGUCGCUUGGAUGGUGGCACUGGUGUUGGUCGCAAAGCUCUGAGUCCUCGUGGAUGUCGGCCUUCGCCUGGCAACAGCUAGCAGCUCGAGUGUUGGUGGUUGUCCUCGUGGCUUUGCCCUUCUUUUCACGGGUGGACUUGGUCCGAUGGGCAUCGAUGUGUACGCUUGGUGCCAUGGCCCCGGGCCAUGGCAGUUGGUUCAAAGAGUAUCGGAACUAUAGCUGCUGGCGAAGUCUGGAUGAUCUGCGGAGCCUUGCCAGCAGAACUGAGAGGGACCACGCUCUGAAGCGUUCGCAGCAAGAAGGAGCAGAUCUGAGAGCGAAAGGUGCCAUCAUUGUCACCUAUGACGCCAUCCAUGGCAUCGUCCCUGCAAGGAGCAUGACCACAGGUCCUGACAGACAUGGCGUGGUCGUCUGCAAAGCCGCGGAUGAGAGAGCAAGCAGCCGCUGCGGUGCCCUGGAAGGUCUUGGUUGA